AUGCCUUCAUCGCAAGAGUGUCUGCUGGUGCAAUAUGCAGACGACACCACCAUUCUGGCCCCAGCAGACGUACCCUCCUCCACGCCGGGUGUCCAGAGUCUCCUGGACCAGAUUGCCUGCUGGGCAAGAACGAACUGCCUCUCAAUUAGCUUCCACAAAAGUGCUGCAAUGCGAGUCUCCAACAGCUGUUCCACCGUUCCUCCUGCAUACUACUUGUCAGGCUCUCCCAUUCCUAGUGUUCAGUCUCUCCCAAUCCUUGGGGUUGUGUUCAGUUCAACUCUGGACUUCUCACCUCAGAUUGCAGACACUGUGUCCAGGGCCCGGCGGACUCUUGGCUUUGUCACACGUGUCUCAAGGAACUGGGGACAUGAAACUUUCCGCGCUCUCUACACUGCCUUAGUCCUGCCUCGUCUGGAAUACUGCUGCUCCGUGUGGGGACCCUUCCAGGCUCACCUCAUCGACAGGCUGGAGGGCGUGCAGCGCCGGGCUACUCGAACACUUCAUACUCGGAUGUUGGGCCGGCAAGUUCCUGUGCCGCCAUAUGAAGCUCGCCUUAGGGCCCUUGGGUGGCAAAGCCUCUGCCACCGCCGGACAGUGGCUCGGGUUGGGCUCCUUUGUAGGUUGCUCGACGGGUCCAUGAGUGAUACCCACCUCCACUCAUGCAUCAGGAUCGGGAAGCGAUCCGGGCAGCCAGAACUCCUGCACGCCCGAACAGUGCGCCACUCGCACUCCGUACUCCCCGCCGCCCUCGAAGACUUUCUUGCGGCCCCCCUGUCGAUUCGAUCUCCACUCCCCAACAACCGUGACGAGUCCGCUGCCUUGCGCCGUGCAUUUUCGCGGUCAAAGCACCUAAACUGAUUCUACGCCAUGAUCAUUGUUCGGUUUCAUUUUGUUUUUAUUCGUUCUCUGUUAUUGUUGUUUGUUUUGUUAUUUCAU